CAAUAGCGGAUUUGUAGUUGUUUUUUUUUCAAAAUCCUGCCGUAUUCAUUCGAAUGUCGACAACUAAAUUUCGGUUAAAAACUUGAGAGGACUAUACAAAAAAUUAUGUAAAGCGGUGGGAUUGGGCGUAGGAGAGAAAGGAAGAGCCUUAUCUCCCAUCUGGAACUCGCCUUUUACAACUGGGAACUACCCACCACCACCGAGUGCAGUAUACAUGUUUUUGCGGUUAACCUAGUUAUGCUGCUGCUGCUGCUGCUACUCGCCCCCGUGUAUACAUGUUUUGUUUGUAAAAGCUUUGGUGCGACAGCUUUUCGAGCUGCUGAAAAAAGCCAGUAACCUAUUUGCUAUUUAAGACACGAGAACAAAUACCAACAAAAAACAAGCAAACGAAAAAGAGACAGGAGGAAAUGUAGUUUAUUUUUAUAUAAUCUUUUAGCAAACGUUUUCUUUUUUUUUUUUUUUUAUUUUAACAGUGGAACACGCGCCGAAAACCGAUAAGGAAGUCGACCCUGUCGGGAGUCAUUAGAAGAGAGGGGGGGGGGAUAGGAAAAGUGGGCGGAGCUUGGAAAACACAACUCACUGAGAAUCGAUUGUUUAGUUCGAUUGAGUCGAUCACGAAGCCUAGCACCAACAGCAGAGAGAGACUCGUCGGCUGUAAGACACCGAAAGGGCAUUGGAAGGAGAUUUACUCUGAAAAAGUAAAAAAGAGAAGACUCUUCUUACUUGCUGCUGGUGUGCUGGUGUGUGUUGUACAAGUCAUUCAGUCAAAUUCCAGGCUGCGACGAAGUGAGCACAACAGAGGCCAUUUCACUCUGGGUUCUUAUUUUUCCUCUUUUCUCCUCUCUAUCAAACUGGAUUUGAAUUACACAGCUCUAAUUUAAAGUGAGUGCGCAAAGCCGUGUUGCUGGUGUGUGUGUGUGUGUCUAAAACCGAGUGUGCAAUCCAAUCUCGAAUCGAGCCCAACAAUCGAUCGUCGAGAAGCGUCGAGUUCGUGUCACGAGCGUGGAAAAAUGAACAAGAGCCUUUUCCAGCAGCAGUGAUGUGGUGACCAUGGCCUUGCAAAUGUCGCCUGUUGAUGCUCAUACUGAAAAUCAGCCUCCGUGUUAUUAUCAGCCUGCAGUGCUGCUGCCUGAAGCUGCUGCAGGAACGAGCAGUCAUCAAGUUGAGCCCUUUCAGUGCCAACUUUUGGAGUGCUCCUCUGCUGAACAAGUGCCUCUUCCUACUGAACAGAACCCUGUGCCACCAAAUUUAAGGAAAGUCGAACAAAGGGUGACUGCUGUGAGGAAGGAGGGUGCUGUUGUUGAGGAAGUGAUGGAUGCCUCAUUGCUCGUAGAGAGCAGUGAAGUGAGGCGUGGUCCAGAGGCUGAGGAUUUGAGAGGAGGAGCUGCUUCUGAAAUUCUCACCCUGCUGGAAGUUUCCCAAUCAUCUGUGAUAGACAGCUCCAACGUCGGUUCAUCCUCGGAGGGAUCGACAAACCCAGGCACGCACGAAUCCCUUAGCAACCCACCAUCUCCCUGUCUGGUCGAUAAAGUCGAGCAGAUAGGAUCAGCGGCCGCCAUUUCUUCCUCAAGCAAUAGUCUUAACGAUGCACAAAAGGAUUCGGGCGACGCAAUGAGGCAAAGCGGGUCGGCUUGGCGAUCGUGGAGCUCUAAUCAAUCGACUAUGACAUUCUCAGGAGAGACGAAUCCUCCAAGUGCAACUUACGCCGAUUCUGUUGUGUGCCCUCUGUCGACCUCUGCUCACUCCACCCUCGUCUCUUCUGCCUCUGCCGUCUCUGAUGAAGACUAUUGUGAUAGCAAGGAACCACUGAUCAUCAAGGGAAGCAGUCGCAGUAGUAGCACAUCGGUGUUCCUCCAAUAUCCCCCGAUCGGGCCGGCUUCCAACCGGCAUUGGGGCAUUCCUCAAGGAGCGGGUUUGCGCGGAGGUGCUGGCGAGACCUCCUUGAACAAUGGAGGAGGCAGCUGGGGUCAUCCGCCAGCUAGUGGAAGUUGGGGAGGCGGUGGAACCAACAACGCGGCGAACCAAGUCCAAGGCCAAUGGGGAGCAGCAUCCUCCACGGCCAACCAACGGAGCUCCGCAGCUAGUCAGGGACCAUCUGGAGCGCCGCCUCCUGGAUCCUCGGGACCGCAAGUUUCCAAUCAGCAGCUACCGACCGGUGCCCAACAACAGCAGCAACCUCAAGGAGCCUGGGAUACGACCAAGAAUGUCGUCACUGGCAAUGUCGUUCAACCAUCUGGAAGCUCGCCAAGCCAGGGUGUAUGGGCUGCUCAGGCUGCCAAAAACGUACCUAAUCAACCGACCAAUACCAACCCUAAUCAAGACAUAAUGGCUGCCAACCCCUUGAACUUACCUCAAGGUGGAAACGGUGGUGGAGGAGCCGUGGGAGGUUCUGGUCCUGCCACUCCUAGUUCUGGCAAACCGGAUCCUUUGGCUAACUACCGAGAUGUGAUUUACGCCCAGGACGGCUGGGGAGGCAACCAGGUGAAUCAAGACUCUCAAUGGGAUGUACCAACAUCACCAGAGCCAAAAGAAAUUCCGCUAUGGAAGCAAACUGCAAGCAAUGGAACUGAAGUCUGGGAAGUCAAUCUGCGCAACGGCGGCCAAGCCCCUCCGCCCAUCACUCAGACCAAGACACCAUGGGGAAGUCACACUCCUGCCACCAAUUUGGGAGGCACUUGGGGUGAAGAUGACGAAUCGUCGGAACCAUCCAGCAUGUGGACGGGUGUUCCGGCUAACAAUGGACCUACAAAUUGGGGAGCUAAUCCCAUGGGAGGUGCUCUGAACGCCGGACCAAUGGGCCCAACGUCAGUCCCAACUGGUGCUUCUGCCAUGGGUACGACAGGAAUUGCAUCGGGUAAUGGCAUGUGGGGUGGACAGCAGCAGCAGCAACAACAACAACAACAGCAGCAGCAACAACAACAACAGCCACAGAAAAAAGAGCCGGAGUGGGCUCCAGCCAGUUCAAUGCAAACUGGACCUGGUGGAUGGGGCGAAGUUCGUCCACCUCAACGCAUGGCUAUGUCUGGCAUCGGGCCAUCUGUCCCCGAAAAUAUGGGCAUGGCACCUUCUGCACCAUCUCACUGGCCUGGACCGCAAAACAAACCAGCGCCGCAAUGGAGUGGAAAUGUACCUACUAAGGAGAUGAAACCAACAGGGUGGGAUGAGCAUUCACCUCCUGCUCAGAAACGACAGGUGCCACAAUAUGACGACGGAACGGCCGUAUGGGGUAACCCAGCCCAAAUUCAACAGCCUGGUGGAUCAGUCGUCUGUCGCUGGAAAGAUAUGCCCAACCCCAAUGUGGCUGGCGGGCGUGGAAUGCAACAAUCUGGCCCGCCUCCUAACCGAAUGCCACCAGGACCGGGAAUGAAAACGGACAUGUCCUGGGGUCAAGCUCGUAACGGCUCCUGGGGAGAAGGAGGCGUAGGUGACAACAGUCAAAUGAACAACAUGUGGAUGGAUGACAAACCUGUAGGUGGUGGCUCGUGGAACGAGCCUCCUCAAACACCUACACCUUGGGCUGCUGGACCCAAACCAAAAACUCCCACAACUCCAAGUUGGGGUGAGAGUGAAGACAACUUGUCGUGGGGUCAGCCACAUAAGCAGGUUCCUAAACCUUUGGCCAAGGAAAUGAUAUGGAGCAGCAAGCAAUUCCGCAUCUUAUCCGAAAUGGGUUUCAAGAAAGAAGAUGUGGAGAAUGUCCUACGCAAUUGCAACAUGGUGAUGGAAGAUGCGCUGGAAACCCUACGCUCUGGUCGUGGGAUGUUUGGAGAUGACCAUGGCUCGGGUGGUUACGAUCCAAUGGGACCGCACGGAGGAGCGCCUUAUCCUCCUGGCGCUCGAUUUAAUCCCGGUCAACAAAUGCCUUUUGUUCACCCUGGAAGUGGUGGUGCACCUCAUCACUUAUUGAACAAUCCUGCUCCCAGUAUGGGAAUGAACCCUAAUCCUGCAUACAAAAUUCUUCAGCCUCAGCAACCGCCACCAAUGCCGCCUCAGGUCAAUCAAUCACAAAUGGUCCGGAACAUGUCACGAGUGGACACUGGCGUUUCGUCUGGUGCAGGAGCCGGUAGUCAACCUUCGCCGACUCAGUUACGAAUUCUCGUUCAGCAAAUCCAAAUGGCUGUACAGGCGGGUCAUUUGAAUCCCCAAAUUCUCAAUCAGCCACUGGCUCCUCAAACGCUGGUGCUGCUCAAUCAGUUGCUACAACAGAUCAAAGUACUUCAGCAGCUUGGUCAACAGCACAAUAUGGCUCUUAGUAGGCCGGGACAAGGACCUAUGGGGGGUCCCAUGAUGCAGCUCGUACCUCAAAUGAACAAAACGAAACAGCAGAUUGCCAGCUUGCAACAGCAGAUCGCCGCCCAACAGGCUCUGUAUGUCAAGCAACAAGGCCAAAUGAUGAAUCAACAGCCGCCAGGGGCUCCACCGAGCCAACCAUCUGAUCUAUUCAAAGUGGAUUCUGUUCACGGCAUUCAGUCCAAUUUGGACAGGAUGAGUUUACAGGAUUCUGGACAAUCUCGGCUCUCUCAGUGGAAGUACCCGCCACUCGACAAGGAUCUUUCUGAUCUAGGCAUGUCGGAAUUCAGUCGUGCACCUGGUAGCAGUGGUGGAGCUCCGGGUUCAAUUCCCAGCAACGCUAAACCGCCACUAGGUAGCAGCCUUUCUUCUCCCAACAUGAAUCCAGUCCUCGGUCAAGACGGCGGUGCUUGGUCGAGUCUUUCACGCUCUCAGUCCGAGACUGGCUGGCCUGACACGAAUCAGGAUUUGUCAGCUCCGGGAUCGGUGGGAGGCAACGAUGGAAAGGAUAGCUGGAGCAGUGCUGCCGGAACCUCUUCAUAUUCUGGUUCCAUAUCGGAUCUCGUUCCCGAAUUCGAGCCUGGCAAACCAUGGAAGGGACCACAGAUCAAAACGGCAGAUGACGAUCCAACUCUCACUCCCGGAACUUUUGCCAUGUCUGGCCUGAAUGAGGCCGACGUUUACUCAAACAACGCAUCAAAAGGAGGACAGAGCUCAACCAAAGCUUCACCUCCUCCUGUGGGAACUGGUGGAACAAGCUCCUCGAAUGAAUCGGGCUUCCCCACCCUGGGUCUUUCUAAUUCCACCUGGUCUUUCAAUCCGUCUUCGGCGUCGUCGAGUUCCGUCCCGUCUACGUCGACUCCUUACAGUUCUGCCAAGAUUGCACCAAAAUCGUCUUGGUCUGACGCCCCGCCGCCAUCAGCGGACCCGUGGAGCGCACCAAACAAGCCUCGUGGUCCGCCGCCAGGCAUCACCCCUUCGGCAGGCGUCGGCCCAAAGACUGCCGGUCGCGACUGGAGUGCAGCUGGCAGCCGCUCACCUUGGCCUGGAACUAAUACUACCGGCUCUGGAGGCACGUGGGCCGGUUCUCUCAAUGGUUCGUCGUCGUGGCUCGUGUUACGUAACUUGACCCCGCAGAUCGAUGGCUCGACGCUCAAAACAUUGUGCGUCCAGCACGGUCCACUUCACAACUUCCAUCUCUACCUCAACCAUGGAGUUGCUUUAAUUCGUUAUUCUACUGGCGAAGAAGCUGCCAAGGCCCAAAGUGCUUUGAACAACUGCGUGCUCGGAAACACGACGAUUUAUGCAGAUCUAGCCAACGAAUCUGAUGUGCAGGGCUGGCUGCAGCAGCUUGGCAUGCCCGCCCAACAGCAGCAACAACAGCAGCAGCAACAAAAUCAACAACAGCAACAGCAAGCUGUUUCCUCCAGUGGGUGGGGCGUCAGGGGCUCUACUCCUGGCGCCGGUUCUAACAGCGGAAGCGGCAACGGAGGUGGUGUAGGAAGCAACGCCUCAAAGGGAAGUGCCAACGCCGGAGAUAAUUGGGGAUCUGGUGCCGGUGGUCCUAGUUCGAGCCCAUGGUCGACGGGUCCCAAUUCAGUCUGGUCUACUCCGAACUUGGAUCGUGAUUUGAGAACCACGCCGUCAUCGCUGAACGCAUCGCUCAACUCGUUUCUGCCUGGCGAUCUCCUGGGCAACGAGUCCAUGUAAAAGUGAGGAUACAAACACACGUGACUCAAAAACAAAGCAAAAGAGAAUCGACAAAAUUACGUGUCAAUUUGAGAAUAGAUGAGAGAAGAGAAAAAUACCAAGGUAAUGUUCAAUUCGUCAAAAAUAUUUUCACAGCUGAGAGCAAUCAACCAACUAAUGUGUAUGCCAGACGUAAUAUAGUGUUAUUCCACCCUCCCGAUCCCUUCGUAUUCACGGUGACGGAAAAGUUGUCACUCUUUCAAAUUUAAUAUUACUCUUAUAUUAUGGCCUAAUGCCGCUGCUGUUGCUGCUGCACUGAUGCGUAGUGUGAACCGUCCUCUUAAUCUUCCCCCGAAAAACACCAAUGAGGCCAUUAAGCAUUUACAAAGAAAGAAAGCAAAGUAGUAGUAUAUUAUGAUAUCCCUAUGUUUCGUUUUUUUUUUUCUCUCACGUGACUCCCCAAAAUAAUUUCCUCUCGUCUUAUGAUCGCUCGCGCCACACACACACCACUCCAUUCAAUUUAGUCGAAGUUUUUCCUAUGUAAGGCUUUGUUUUUGGUCAGAGUAAGUCCUCUUGUUGUGUCUUGUAAUAAUUUUGUUUUGUGUGUGUGUGGGAGUGGUCUAUCACUUUGUGCGUGCCAGUUUUUUUUUUUUUCUCUGUCUUUUUUUUUUUGCCACUACCGAGGUGUUCUCUCGCUCCACUCCAAGUCCCCCACUUUUUUCAAAAGCUAAAAGAAAGAGUGUCUCUCGUUCCAGAGACCGUCAUGAAACCAUGUUAUCAGAAACAAAACAAGAAACUUUUGAGAGAGAAGGGGAUAGAGAGCGACGGAUAUUUUUUUUUCAAGUGCUCUCUUCCUCUUGCAAUUUGUUUGUUCUCCUAUAUCCACCUCAACAAACGACAACUACUACUAAUUCUAGUGCCCUACCCUCCACUUCUUCAGCCCCGCAAUUUUUCCUCCUCCUUUUUCUUUUUAAAUUCUCAUUCUCUUCCGUCUCUUCUCGUGACUCAAUCAUCUUACGAAGCUGGAAUUAUUCCCUCACGGAAGUAACGAAAUGAAAAUACUUGUGCGAGUUUUCUAGUGGGGAGAUGUAUAUCUUUAUGUAGAGAGGUAUUGCAAUUCGAAAUGGUUAAAAUAGCCGCGUGGAUACCAAGUCAGGACACUUCUCCCUCCCCUCCAGUCCCCCCUCACCCCUUUACACCACCCUCUGCUACAUAACCUUGCUGUUCUGUGUUAGACUGUGAUCUCAAAAGUCGUGACCACUCGAGGCUUUACAUCCAUUGAGAAUUUCACCGCUCUUUCCCCUCCUUAUCUUCAGCAAUGGAGAGAAAAAGGCAAAACAAAAAAAGACAAUUAAUAGGAAAAAUGAACACGCGUUGAUAUUUUCCGUUCGCCUAUGAUCCGGACCCAUUUCAAAAUCUGGUGACUUAAUUCCCCCCUCCAAUCUUUUUCUCCUCUUCCUCCGUUUUUUUUUUUUUUUUUUUCGCUUUUUGUAAACGGGUCAACUCAAGUCUAGCUGUCGCAAACUUUACUUGUUUUGGGGGCUUUGAGCCGACGUUUAUCCUCCUACCAGCCCGUGUGUCAAUGAGAGGUGCUAGACUCCCUCCAUUCAUUUUUUGCCUCACGCUCCUCCUGUACUCCCCAAUCUUUCAAGUCCAAUGAGGAAAAAGCAAUUAUUAAUUAUUACUAUUUUUUGAAUUUUCGGAGUGAACACAAGGAAGAAAAAGUCUUGUACGUUUCUUUUAAUUUCUUAAGAAAACAAACAUUCUCUCGCCAUCAAUUGACCUGAUCGCCGGCAGUCGUACAUUUUUGUUGUUGUUGUUAACUUGCCUUGCUAAUUUGUUGUGGAAGCUUGAAAAAGAGUAAAAACCUAUACGAAAAGAUGCGCUUUUUUCCCCCAAACCCUGUCAACUGACCAGAGAGAAGCACACACACAACAACUGUGAAAUUAAACAUCACACGCAGUCGUAUCAAGUCUUGUCAUAUUACUUGCGCCGCGACCUCAGCACCAGUGGCUCAUUCAUCCCUUUGCUCUCCCUUAAAAUUUUUUUUCCACCCAUACAAAUUCUUAUUUGGUUUUUUGUUUGUUUAGUUCCCUCUUGAUUUCUCUCUUGAAAAAUGAUUUGCUAGAUUGUUUUCUUUUUAGUUUUCCCCCCCGUGCGACCCAGGUGAGGACGGCAUUUUUUCUCCCUUGCGUUUUUAUUAUUUCGUCGUCGGUCAGUAUUGUUUGGGUUCAUUCAUGUGCCACAGUUUCAUAUGACAUGGGAUGUGUUAGUUUUUGCAGGAAUGGGGGGUAAAACAAAGAUUUGUAUUUUGAUGGGGGAGUCUUAGUCGGUCGUAGGCUUUACUACUUGAUAAUUACCGCAUAUAUAAACAAAGUUGUGUAUCUCUUUCAUAUGUGUAGAAAAGACGAAAGCUGACCCCUCGUCUCUUGUGUCUUGACGAAUAAUUGAUUUGAUAGAUUCUCUUUUGAAAUUUUGUUUUCGCUCCCAAUCAACAUAUUUGUCAUUUUGUGUUCGGAGAAAAUCGCGCAAUGCCCCCUUUACAAUUUUUUCAAACAACACCAACAAAAAGAACUCAUGUUUUCUUGAAAAUAUGCGAUUACAUGCCAUCGGCCAUUUUUUUCCCCCCUUUUUGCGAGCGAUAAUUUCAGGCAAUUGUCAUGUCGUUAUUUCAUUUUCAAAAAUAUCUUUGUUUUGUAUUCGAUAGCCAUAUCACUCAUUUGAAAUGAGAAGAGAAAGAAGGAAACAGUAGGGAGGGCGGGUGUUGAUCGAUGUCUUUGACACUUGAUGGCAGGAGUUUUUUUUUUCUUCUUUUUUUAAUUAUUAUCGUGUUGAGGGAAGGAGAUGCAUGCGAUUGUCCUUCCCAGUCUCUCACGCGCUAAUAUUUCGGCAGUCAGUCGUCUGGAGGAAAGGAUAUGAAAAAGUAAAAAGUAGUUCUGUUUGUUUGUUUUUUCGUGUGUGACCAAAAUGCGCUUCUUCGUUUUUGUCCCCCCUCGAUAACAAGAGGAAAAAUAUUCUUAAAAUGCAGCGUUUGUUUUGUCGUCGUCUUCUCUAUUUCUUUAUCAUUGUUUCUUGCGGCCCAGUGGCCAUUUUUGUCAGUUGCGUCCUGAAAAAUCCAUUAUCUGUUGUGUGCGUAGUAGCAAAGCAAAGCAAAAAAAAGUAAAAUUUAAUAGGAAAGUUCCGAGGAUUCUUCCCUCUCCCGUUCCCCCGCCAGAUUAAUUUGUCAUCCACACCCUCCUCCCCCUCAAGAAAUUGAAGAAAAAAAAGGUGAUAAUUCGUCCAGUGAAGAAAAAAGCCUUCCCUUUCAUCAUCCUUGGUGUUAGUAAUUAUUUUUUUUUUUUUUGUAUUAUCAUAAUGAUUUUUCUUCUUUUCUUUUUCGGGACUGGCCUGCUCUGUCUGCCCGCAUCAGAUUUUGACAAGUCACCGGAUAAUUCCAGUAGUAAUUCUUGUAUGGCUCCUGUUCUCCUUUCUUUAAAUCUCCCGUGUUUUGCGCGCCGUUUAAAAAUUUUUUUUUGUAAUUUUUUUUCUUUGAUAAUUAUUAAUAUAUAUUUUUUUUUGUGGCAAACCCCCUUAGGAAAGUGGGCGGGUGUGGGAUUCUGUCCAGUCGAUUCUCUUGCUUGAUUUUUUUUAAAAUAAAAAUAUUAGAAAAUAUCUAAUAGUAAAUCCACAUUUCCACGAAUCGAUACGCCGCUUCUCCGUGUCCCCCUUUCUUUCGUUCAAAAUUAACAAAAAUUCAGUAAAUAAGAAACUUAGCAGAUUGCACACACACGGGUUUCGUCAGUUCCGAAACAAAAAGUUAGCAUUGAACGCGUCAGACAAGAUUGUGUAGCCAAAAAGUGCCUUUUUUUCCUCGACUCAUUCAAGACGGUCUCAAAUUCUAUCGUUCCCAUCUCUCUCUCCUAUCCCACUCUCUGAAAAAAAGAAAUCGAGAGACAUUUUGGAUGACGAGAAGAAGAAAAAAACAAAUCAACCAACAAAAAAUCAUCUUUCAUCGCAGAAUAAAAGCAAAAAAACCACGUAUUGCCUGGCUUUAUAUCAGUCAACUGUAGCUAUUCAAGAUCUUCGACAGCGAAACGAAAAAAAAAGUGAAACAAAAAAUCAGACGUGUAAUAAUUGACUCGACACCUCCAAAAAAUUCAUUUGUGAUUUUCAUUCUCUUUCUAUCUGUCUGUCUACCAAAAUCGUCUUAUCAGCUCCUCUCUCUUUAUCUCUCCCUGAAAUUUACCGGGACGAAUGCGUGCAGACAAUGUCCGUAUUCUCCACCAAUAUACACACACACACAUUACACACAUAUUUAGUAGAUCUCUGCGCACCAGUUCUAUUUACUAUUUACACUAUUUACGUUAUUUUUUUUUCUUUCUUUUUUUUUAAUUUGGCUUUAUUGAUUAUCUUAGAUUUGAAGCCGAUCAGCAGAAUUAACUUCGUAUCCUUUGGGCAGCUUUCUUUUCUCUCCCUACCUUACCUCUCAUCCCUUUUACCCUCCCGUCUGUAUUUUGGUUUGGACUUGAAGAAAAAUUUGAGAUUGUUUUCCUAAUUAUUAUUUUUCCCCCUCGUCCUCCUUUGCUUGUGUUGUAAUAGCCAUUUUCUUUUGUUUUUCUCCAUCUAUUCAUAAGAAUAAAUGACCUUGAUGAGACCUUUGAUUGAGGUGCCCAGUGCCUUUUUAUGUUAAUUUUUAUCCUAAAAGUAAAAAGAAAACCGAAGCAAAGGAGAAAGCAAGCACCCUUGGCGGAGAGGUGAUUUUCAGUCGGUCCCAAACUCGACACCCUGUUGUCGUUUGUAACACACAAGCAAAAGCGAGCGUUUGGAGAGUCUAGGAAGAGGGGAAACAGCUCCAAAUAAGUUACGAUGCAAGCCGUAGUAGACGAAUGAAAUACCCUGAACUAACACACGAGUCGAAAACAUCCUCCUAUCCACUCACGAACUUUUCAAUCCAAUCCGCAUCACUCCAGCCAACUUGGAACGAAAGUUGGUUGACGUGGCCUCCACACCGUUGGAUCUCGAUGCAAAAAGAAUGAACUUUGAUGCAGGCAAACUGACUCGUCACCCUAAUCUUAUCUGUUGAUUCGACAAGAACAUAUGACUCGUGAUUUUACAAUGAUUUGAGGAAUUUCCAAUUGAUUAUUUUGAAUUAUUUGUCUGAAUUUGAAUUGAAAGAAUUUGGAAACAAAACCACUGCCAUGCAAUUUACAUCAUUUUCAAAAUUUUAUUCUUUUGGAGGCAGCUUAACACACAUCCCCCACUCGCAUUAUCAAUCUACCUGUCCGUUUGAUCGUCAGCAGAUGUUUAUUUAUUUAUUUUUUUUUAAAUUUCUAACGGAACUUGCGUACCUCCGAUCAUGAGGUUGUGAUUUGAAAAUCUUGAAAUAAUUAAUGAAAGGCAAUCCGCAUCUGUCUGGAAGGGGAGGGAAAUUAUGUACAAGGGAGUUGUUAUUGUCUGAGAAAAUGACGUCGGCCAACUCCUCGCCGUCAAUCAUCAGCUCUUCCCUGCAUGCCAAAAAUUGUGUGAGAAAAAGGAAUACAAAUGAAUCCGUAUAUCCCUCCUCGGCGAUUGACAGUUUGCGCGAGAGAUCUGACUCACUUGUUUGUUUGUUUCAUUUUUUUUUUGCUUUUCUUUAUUGAAAACUCCUCUCUCAUUGGUCGUUUUUGAAUGUUUUUUGUAAACAGGAUAUACAGUUUAGCGAUGCCUAGUCACGAUGACUAAAACAUUGGCCAAAAAGAAUCAUAAAUCAAUCAAUAGACAAAACGGAAAUUUCUUCAAUCGGCGUGCGCUUUUCUUUUCUUUUUGAUUUGUUUGAAUUUUCCCGAUCGCAAAAAACUCAAUUUCUGACAUAUCCUCCUACCAAAAUAUCCUCCACACGAGCCAAUCAUUCACACAAACAAGCAAGACAAAAUAAGGGAAAAUUCUUGGAAGAAAAAAAACAUAACAAAAAGGAAAAAAAUGCGUUGGACUAACGAUUGCUGAAGAAAAAUCCCUUUUUUAUUAUUUUUUUUCCUUUUUAAGGGGCUUAUUAAAAACAAAAUAUACUUUCCAGAGACCAGGCUACAAAUGUUUGAAGUGAUUUUGCAUUAUUGAUGGAUCAAACCCAAGCCAUCAGAGCCAUGCGUUCCUUUCAUCUUCCUGUCGUUUGUAAAGAAAAAAAGAAGAAAAAUACCAAAGGUUGUUUUUGUAAAACUUGAAACGUUUUGUCAAACUGGGAUCGGGGAAAGAGACGAUCUUCUUUUCGAGCCUUUUCUGCCUUUCUCGUAGAGAACGACUUUUUAUUUGAAUAUUUUUAUCAUUUUUUUUAAAAAUAAAUUCAUGAAAAUCAACAAAUCCCGAAACAUUUGAGAAAAAAAGGAAACAAAUUUUUCACAUCUGUGGAAUAUUUUAUUUUACUUUCUUCUACUCCCGAUCGCACACGAGUAUCACAUUCUCUGUUGCCCUCUUCCGAAUCGGAUUACCGGUAGUGAUUUCAUUUGAAGAAGAAAAAAGAAAAGGAUUUAAUAAUAAAAAAAAAACGUAUUUGCUUUUUUAAAAAAGCAAACAGACGAAGACUAAAAAAAAAACAAAAGAAUCAAUUUUCCGAAUCGAUGGGACAUCCCGUACUUGAUGAUGCUAUGUAUGCCACUCUAAAAAUCUGUCACGUGUCUUUGUCUGUCUUGUCUGUGUAACUCUCUGUAGCCUCUACUCGAUAUAUUUCUGGUUUAGCCUAAACAAAAAUAGCUCCUGUUUUUUUUUUCAUUUAAUCUGCUCAUCAAAACGGGGGGAGGGAAACGUUCGUGUGUGUUUUCUAUCAGGUUUUUUUUUCGUUCUGGCUGAGAAAGGGGGAAAAUGUUCCAAAGACGUUGCUUUCUCCAUUCAAAAAACACACUUUCUAUUUAAACGUCGAUGAUAUCUAUAGCGCCUCGCUCUAAUAUAAUGUCAUAAAGUGGGAAACAAAAGCAAUUUCCCUGAUUUUGUUUGUUUUGACUUGAUUUUACUUACGCACGCUGCUUAGCCAAGAUAAAAGAAUUUCGUCAACUCACCCACCCCCCCAAAAAAAACAUGUGCGUUGAUGAAUUUCCAAACGUGUUGAGUGUGCCCCCCUAUAUUAAUCCUUGGUGAUUUAUCAAGCAGGUUUUUUUUCAAAAUAAUUUGUGUUUUCCUUAUUCUAUUGAGGCGUCGAUCUGUUAGUUGAGUUUGUCGCCAUUGCUUCACGGUCCUUUGAAAGAAAUUAGUUCUUUUCUUUGGGGGGGAUUUAAUUAGUAAGUGAUGAUUACCGUUAUAGGGAUUUUUGGCUGUUUUGUAAACCAUCUUCUCUCCCACCUCCUCCCACCCCCAGAUAAAAACGGAACAAUCCCGCCCACGAAGCCACGAUUCAUUAUGAGAAAAGAGAAAAAACCUAUUCAUCUGUCUGUGUGCGUGUGUGCGUGUUAUGUGUGUGUGUGUAUUAAACACACCGCCACGCCACAUGCUUUAUAUAACUCUCUCUCUCUCUCAUUAUAUCCGAUGAUUCAAAGAGGACAAUAUGCUGCAAAAAAUUCUAAUCGCCUGUGUCUGUUUUGGGUUUUUUUAAUUCUAUGCGUGUGACGUUAUUCAUUUUGUUUUCUGAAAUUCAGUGAAUCAUAUAUGAGUCUAUCUAUAUAUUUACGCGGGUGUAGGGUCAUAAAAGCUUUAGUAAAUUUUUUUUUAGACUCACUUUGGUCCCGAGUGUUCAAUAUCCGUGUGUUUUCCGCGCCUACCCUCCCAAUUAUUGUCUCUUCAACUGACGUUGGUAUAAACAAACUGUUACUGGACUGAAGAAGAGAAAAACAAAAAAUGUUCUGUUUGUGUUAGUCCCCACCCAAAAUUAUAAACGGGCUAAAAUGGGGCAAGUGUCUUAAAAAGAAAAGGGUGAGAAAAAAAGCAUAAUAACCUAGUGUUCCGUCGGUCUGGUCGUCUUCGCAGUUAUAUCCCCCCCCCCCCACGUUAUUAUUAUUAUUAUUAUUUUUUCGAUUGAUAACCUAUCUUAUAAUUAUUAUCAUAUAUUUACACUGCUUUAUGUGGCCAUUUUUCGAUAAAACCAAACGACAAAACAAAAAGACUGGGACAGCCUAUCGAUUGAUAAACUGUGAAGUCAUCAGACAAGUUGACAAAAUGUUAAUUACAUCAGAAAAGAAUGGCCAUUUCUUGACUGUGUGUCUGCGUGUGUGUGAUGUCAGAAAAAGGGAAAAAACAAACAGAAACA